AUGUCGCACGCGUCGACCAUCCCGCUGUCCAUCUCGGCGUCGCUCGCCGCCGGCUCGUCGUCGCAGCCUCCACUGCCCGCCCCGAUCCACCGCCUCGUCCUCCUGCGCCAGCAGGCAGACGCCGCCUUGAACACGCCUGCACUCCGGUCAGAGCUCGCCACCGGUCAUGCCGGCCCAAACUCGCUCCAGGCCCGCGACGCCCUCGUCGCCGUCGUCGACGCCGCAACCCCGCUCCUCUUCGGCGACCCGCACCACAACCACCAGCAGCGCAAGUUCUCGCCAGACGACGAGGCCCGGGCAGAGUACUGCCUCGCCUUUGCCCUCGCCCGCGUCGGCGAGUUUGACGGCACCCGCCCCUCGGCCCUCCCCGACCGCCUCGACGACGCCCUGUCCCACUUCAGCCGCGCCGCCGACCUGUUGCGCCUCCCGCCUCCACCGGCACUAGACUCGGUCCCGAGCGUGACCCGCCCGCAAGACCCGAACCGCCAGCACGCCGCCGUCGACCUGUCGCCCGUCCCGGCCUGGGCCGCAGAGAUGCUCGCCGAGUGGGCCAGGACCCAGACGACCCGCGCGUUCGCGAGCUGCGUCGACGACCAAGGCCACACGGUCGUGCGCGACGACGAGCUCGCAGACCAGCUCGACCUCGCCUGCAGGCGCAACGUCCAGGCCCUGUUCACGCCCAUCGACCCGCUCUCGCCGGAGGGAGAACACGCCUCGUCGUCAACCGCGAGCACCGUCCUCGGCUCGGCGCGCCUCCUGUCGGACCUCUCGUCGCUCCUCCCGUUCACGCCCGGCUCGCCCUCGACCUGGUCUCGCCGCCUCAACUGGGCCACGCACGUCGCCGACGUGCGCUUCGUCAGCGCGUCCAUGUCGGCCAACGCGCUCGUCGACGCCGCGAGCGCGCACGCCCAGGUCCUCCAGUCGCGCGACAUCGACCAGCGCCAGCGCCGCGACGUCAAGCGCGUCGUCGAGCGCACCCUGCGCCGUAUCGCGCCGUACGAGCGCACGCAGGGCAACGUCCUGCUCGGCCUCGGGCGCGUCCUCCUCGACGCCGUCGGCGCGCUCUACCUCGGGCGGCAGGUCGGCUUCCAGGAGGAGCGGCGCAUGCGCGAGACGAGCGAGGGCGCCGAGGAGGACGAGGACGGAGACGGGGACGACAAGGUGAUCGUGCCGGAGAACGACCUCGUGCGAGAAACGCGGCAGGUCCUCAUUCGCGCUGCCGCCCUCUUCGAGAAUGCCUACGCCUCGAUCCUGCGCUCCCCACCCUCGUCCUCGCGCCGCACGCUCGAGCUGCGCCUCCUGCGCCGUCUCGAGGCUACCUACUGCGACCUCGAGCUGCUCGACAACGACUCGACGCCCGAGGUCGUCGAGCUCAAGAGUCAGCGCAUCGAGCGCGCCGUCCUCAUCAACGACGCGCUCGUCGCGCUCGGCGACGGGCAGGCGCCGGCGCACGACGGUGCCGAGUCAGGUCGGCGAGCGCGGCGCGACGGUGCCGAGGACGAGGGGGCGCCGCCGGGCGAGGCCGACAUGGAGGGGAGCGACCAGGAGCGUGCCGAGGAGGAGCGCGGCGAGCUCGAGAGCAGCAGCGACGACGACGAGGACGACGAGGAUCGGCUCGCGAGGAGGUUCGCCCGGGCGGCGAGGCUCGGCUGA